ACCACCACCACUUCCAGUUUGCUUGGCUGGGGUUGAUCCACAGAAGCCUACAUGGAGAUAUAAAGCGGGGGGUGCUGGAGAAACCUUGUUGCGCCCCCCCGACAACUGUCUACUUGAGCUGGGAGGACUGUUUGCGCACGUCUCCAUCCAUGUCUCACCAAUGCUGCCCCGCGUCUCCAGAGGGAGCCGCAUUCAUUACCACCCCAGCUUUUGGUUACUAAAUGGUUUUCUGGGGGAGGAUUUCUAACCGGCGAGAUGCUGCUCGUACUCCUGCUGGCAGCCUUUUCUUCCUCCAUCUCCGGCUCCCUCUCCUCCUCCCUCUCCUCCCCCUCCAUGUCGGACGGACCCCCGAUGGCAGACCCGUCCGCCUCGGACUUGAUGGCGGAGACCUGCAGCGCCUGCUCCUGCAUGUCGGUGGAGAACGUGCUGUACGUCAACUGCGAGAAGAUCACGGUGUAUCGACCCACGCAGCUCAUCCCUCCGGCCUCGUCCUUGUACCACCUGAACUUUCAGAACAACUUCUUAAUCAUACUGUACCCGAACUCGUUCCUCAACUUCACCCACGCUGUGUCACUGCAGCUGGGGAACAAUAAACUGCAGAACAUCGAAGGCGGAGCGUUCAUGGGGAUGAGCGCGUUGAAGCAGCUGCACCUGAACAAUAACGAGUUAAAGGUGCUGCGAGCGGACACUUUCCAAGGAAUAGAGAACUUGGAGUACCUUCAGGCCGACUACAACUUGAUAAAGUACAUUGAAAAGGGAGCGUUUAACAAACUGCACAAGCUGAAAGUGCUGAUCCUGAAUGACAACCUCAUACAGGCGCUUCCUGACAACAUAUUUCGCUUCGCCUCGCUCACGCAUCUGGAUAUAAGGGGGAACCGGAUCCAGAAGCUCCCCUAUUUGGGGGUUCUGGAGCACAUCGGGCGCAUUGUAGAGCUGCAGCUGGACGACAACCCCUGGAACUGUACCUGUGAUUUAGCGCCUCUCAAGGCAUGGCUAGAAAACAUGCCCUAUAACAUUUUUAUUGGCGAGGCCAUAUGCGAAACACCGAGUGACUUGUACGGGAGGCUCCUGAAGGAAACCAACAAGCAGGAGCUUUGUCCGAUGGGAACCGGAAGUGAGUUCGACGUCAGAAUGCCGCCGCCCGACAACGGGCAGUUCCCCUCGAAAAUGUCUCCGACCACCGUGGCCCCCGUGGCCACGAAAUCGCCAAAAACCACUGACUCGUCCAAGAUUUACGGCAACGGCAUCGUGGCCGGUUUGCCGCCCUUUGGAAGAAAUAGCCAGAUUGUUUCCUUUCAGACUCGGACCCCUCCCCUGUUGUGUCCACAGCCGUGCAGCUGUAAAGCCCACCCCUCUGACUUUGGCAUCAGUGUCAGCUGUCAGGAGAGGAACAUUAAAAAUUUAGCCGAUCUCAUUCCCAAACCCCCAAAUGCCAAGAAACUCCACCUGAGUGGGAAUUACAUCCGCGACAUCAGCCCCAGCGACUUCCAAGGGUUCGAGGGCUUAGACUUGCUCCACCUUGGCAGCAAUCAGAUCGUCACGGUGCAGAAAGGCGUGUUUUCUAACCUCACCAACCUGAGGAGACUGUAUCUGAAUGGAAACCAGCUGGAGCAGUUGCACCCAGAGAUGUUUUUGGGCCUCACAAACCUACAGUACCUAUAUUUGGAAUACAAUGCCAUAAAGGAAAUCUUAGCGGGCACCUUUGACUCCAUGCCGAACCUGCAGCUCCUGUAUCUCAACAACAACGUUCUGCGGAGUCUCCCCGCCUACGUCUUUGCGGGCGUCUCUUUAGCCAGAUUGAAUCUGAAAAACAACCACUUCAUGACCCUGCCAGUGAGUGGUGUCUUGGACCAGCUGCGGUCAUUGACCCAAAUAGACCUGGAAGGGAACCCGUGGGAGUGUUCCUGCGAUCUGGUCGCCCUCAAACUCUGGCUGCAGAAGCUAAGUGAUGGAGUGGCUGCCAAAGAGGUGAAAUGUGCCUCCCCUGUGCAGUUCUCCAACAUUGAGCUGCGCCUCUUAAAAAACGAGAUCCUCUGUCCUAAGCUGGCGAGGCCGCCGUUUGUUCAGACUAGCGCCACCCCCGUUCUGACCUCGGUGUCGCCUGCCGGAGUUGGCAAAGCACCGCCGGGAGGGCCCGUGCCUCUCUCGAUUAUGAUCCUCAGCAUCCUCGUAGUGCUCAUCCUUACUGUGUUUGUGGCCUUCUGCCUUUUAGUGUUUGUCCUGAGGCGAAAUAAAAAACCAGUGGGCCGGCAGGAGGGGCUCGGGAAUCAGGAGUGCGGCUCCAUGUCGCUGCAGCUCCGGCGCCACAGCCACAAGUCCGGCAAAAAAGGCUCCAUCCCCGGGGACGACCUGGGCGGCGAGACGUUCAUCCCUCAGACCAUCGAGCACAUCGGCAAGAGCCACACCUGCGGGAUCGGGCGCUCCUCGGACAUGGACGCCGGCUUCAAGUUCGCGGACUCGCAGAGGCAGAAGAUCAUCCUGCGGAACAGCGCCGACAAGGACAAGGACUCGCUCUCCACCCUGGAGCGAAACAAACGGCUCAGCACCAUCGACGAACUCGAGGAGUUUCUCCCCAACCGGGAGCCCAGCAUGUUCAUCCACAACUUCCUGGACAGCAAAAGAGAUUUCAACAGUAUAGGGAUGGGCGGGUACGAAAUCCGCUACCCGGAGAAAACGCUGGAUAAAAAGAUGAAGAAGUCGUCGCUGAUAGGCGGGAACCACAGUAAGAUCGUGGUGGAGCAGAGGAAAAGUGAGUAUUACGAGCUGAAAGCCAAGCUCCAAGGAACGCCUGAUUACCUGCAGGUGCUCGAGGAGCAGACUGCGCUGAGUAAAAUGUAGGGAUUGUUGUGUUUUGAUUUUGUGCAUUGAUUACACCCGACACACACACAAAGAGGUCAGACACACAUUAGAGGCAGACAGACAAGCCAAACAACAUCUGCCUUCUCUCUGGUUCUUUUGUCGCCCCUCUAGCCACACAAAACACACCGACGUCGCUCUGAUCUUCUCAACCCUCUCGUCUUCAUGUCUCUCUGCAGCCACACAAACACACACAAAGCAAAAAAAAAGUGCCUUCUGGAAAUCCUUAAUGACCAAUGCAGAGAUGGACAAAAUGGCUCCACCACACUACAAAGCUAUUACUAGAAUCAGCGUGGAUGUAAUUUCACAGUAAAAGACCUUUUGUUUGUGUGGGUUUUUUUUGGGAUUAUCCAUGCCGCCACAAACACACCACAGGACACCCUAACAAGCAACCAGACAGUCGUAGUAUUUUUGCUGCUAUUGAAAUGGGUACUUCUUUAAUUUUUUUCGUUCUUCUUGUUCUUCUUUUUCUCCUCUUUUUUUUUUGUUCCCUCCCCAACCAAAUCAAACAAAAGGGUUGAAAACAGUGCUUGAGAAUUAUACCUCGUCGGCUUCAGCCCCUGUUUUCAUUAAAAAAAAAAAAAAAAGGAGAGAGAGAAAGAACAAGGAGGAAGCGUUUGUUUUUUGCUCUGGAAAGUAUCCAAAAAUUGCGACUUCUGGGAUGAGAUUAACAGAAUCAGUGACUCAAUGGAUGCUACUUGUUUUUAUUUUUACUUUUUUCUUCCUUCCUAUUGUUGGGGAUGUCUGUUUGUUCUCGCGGAUGCUCUCUGGAGUCAGACUUCUCUGCCAUCUUGUCUGGAUUACACACCAGUAGCAGUACACCUGCUCUCUGCCGGGAGGCUAAACGGGGGCUCCUGCUUUUUCUUUUUUUUUUUUUUUGGUUUGUGUUUUUUUAAUUUCCAUUCACGGGAAUCGGAGGCACUAAACACAAAACUCUUUUUUGGGGGAAUGAUUUCAUGACUUGUUUUUAAUUUGUGUAAAGAGCCAUGUUAAAUAUAGUGUCUUCUGAAUGGAGUUGUGUUUCUCUUUAAAAAAAAAAAAGAAAAAAAAGAAAAAAAUUGCUACUUAACAGUAACUGUAUGUUUUUUUUUGGGUGAAAUCUAACGGCACAUACACUGUCAGAGGACGUUGUUUCUGGAAAAAUGAGAAGAAAAAAAAAAAACAACAAAAAAAUGAAAAAAAAACUGAUAAAAAAAAAAAAAUUACAAAGCUGCUUGCCAUGUAAGCGUAACCUGGAAUUUAUUUUGUAAGUCUUACAUUAUUUGUAUCUGUGGGACUGGUUUGUAAAUUACAAGGAAAGACAAACACACUCAUACUGCAUCAUCAUCAUCAUCAUCAUCAUCAUCAUCAAGAGACUACAAGCCAGAAUUGUCAACCGCUAAUAUAAUUCAAUCCACCUCCCCCCCUCCCCCGCCCCUCCUCGUCAGCUCUGAAUUCGUAGUUAAAGAAAAAAAAAUUUAACAACAUAGUUAAUUUAUUUUUCUAUGCAGGAUUAUUUAAAGAGUUAUUGGUAUUAUUUAAAAAAAAACAAGAGGAAUAAUACACAAAUGGACUUGAUAGGACAUCAGAGCUAAAUCGGGAAGUGAUUGUCGAUUGGGUGGGUGAGGGGUUUCCCUGAGGAACUCCCCCCUCCGGCCGACGAACGGUUGUGAAAUGUGAUCUGUGAUGUUCCCUUUCCCCCAUUGUGUGGCACGACGACGACGACGACGACGACGAGCCGAGGCCUGACGAGAGCUCUGUGAAGUUUCAAGCGGUUUCCUUAUUCUUAUAUCUCCCACAGUAUCUUGUAAAAGGUUUCUUAUUAACAUUAUGCAACCAAAAUAAAUGUGCAUUAAACUUGA